AUGCCAUGCCUCGAUAUGAUCAAAGCCUUCGCUGUCGUCCUUCUAAUUCGUCUCUCGUUGUCCUUCCCAACUUCGACUCACGAAAAAGUUAAGCCCUUGUUGCCUCGCGCGGAGGGAUGCUUCGCCUCGACCUUUAGCCUGAAAGACUUCAAGACAUUCAGUGGGAGCGAAACCCUCCCGGCGUCUAUGUCCUUCGGGCUUAGCGCUGACAACGCACCGGGAGCGUUCAGCUGCAUGUGGAACGGUGGACCUGGCUCGACCUCUCCAUACUUUAACGACCCGAUCCCAUGCAACAUGACCACCCUGCCCAUCUUCUCCUUCUCCUACCCUGAACAGGGCCGCUUACGAAUAGCUGAGGUCGAAGCUUGUGCCAUCAGGGGGUCUGUUGCUGAUGGUAACAUAGCUUUGUUCUGCUACCCCAUCCACGGAGGACAGACGUGUAUGACCCCGACGGGCCAGGCCUCGUUGAAAGUCAACCAGAAAGAAAUUGUAUCCUGA